UGGCGGGUAUAUAAGAGCGGACGUCGCUGUCGCCCGCUCGCUGUCCGUCUAUGUGUUUGUGAUUAACUUUUGGGACUUACCGCUUCAAGAUGCGCCUGAGGAUUAUCUUGACAGUCGUGGCGUUGCUGGUCACUCUGGUGAGGACGCAGGAGGACGUGACCGCCGAAGAGGAGACAAGGGAUGACAGAGACAAGAGACAGACACAACCCUACUUCACCGGUGGCCUGCCUAGCAUCAGACCGACCCCUAAACCUCAACCCUUCACCGGUGGCCUUCAACAGACCAAUAUCCCUCGUUUCCAGGGAUUGUUGGGUUCCUCCCCUCAAGGGUUCCGCACUGUGACACCUGUGGACGAGGAGUCUGAAGAGAUCGACAGGAACACCGUGUCCCCAACGCCCUCGCCCUUGGUCUUGAGACAGCAUCAGAGCCCACAGCCAUCUCAAUACAGGCCGGUACCCUCACCCACUCCUCAAGUCGUACUGAGGUCCCGUCCUCAACCUCCACCUCAGCAGGAGUACCGCCGACCUCAGCCCCAGCCUCAACUCCAGGGCCAGAGGCUUAAGUACCCGCAACAACAACUCACCGAGGAACAGCUGGAGGAACUGGAGGAAGAGAAAGAAGAGCCAGACCGUUUGACACUGCUGCUGCCUCAGAGCAAGUUCGAUUGUCACAGUCGUAAUACAGGCUACUACGCUGAUGAGGGGCUAAACUGUGAGGUCUUCCAUUACUGUCAGGACAAUGCUAGGCACUCCUGGAUCUGCCCAGAGGGCUUCCUUUUCCACCAGGUACACCUGAUCUGCAUGCCUCCUAGCAGUGACAACAUCUGCAAGCAAUCAUCACAAUUCCACUUUGUCAACGAAUAUCUCUACCGACCCAUCAACCAAGAUGAGUUCAACACCAAGCCCAAUGUCACUCUCAGAUACUCUGAGCGAUACUAUCCCGACAACUAUUAUGUCGAACAAGAGGGAGAGAGCCGGCCAGUACCAGUCAAGGCCAGCAGACCUGUGCAGCACCAGCAGCCUCAGUCACUCCGACCCACCCCCACACCUCAACAGUUCCGGGUCAACAACCAGGUCUUUCAUUCACCAGAAGAAGUCAACAUUCCCCUACAACACCGUAGACCCGUUAGCUCACAGCCUCAGCCACAGAGGACUUUCCCUACCACAGCCAGUGAUGAAUACGAGUACUAAACUCGUUACUAGAACUCAGUGAGCCACAACUCACAGCUGUAACUCGCUUGUGUUCUCAAAAUUCCCAAGUCUGAUCAAUCCUUAAUGGAGUUAGUAUAGCCAAACAUUCAAAACAAUUAUCACAAAUUUUUGGUUCAAUAAUUCUUUCCAACAAUUAAAUUGACAUAUCUUAAAUAAUAUAGGACAUCUUGACUUCUGACUGAGUCACAAUUCAAAGAUAAAAGGGAGUUACAUUUUGCAACAAUAACUGGUAUAAUUAUAUAAAAUUCAAAGUUCAAAAUUGCCAGCUACUUACAUUUUUAAACAACUUUUAACUUAACUGUAAACACUGAGAAUGAUUUCAAACCUAUACUGUUUCUGCCACUUUUUCCAUAAUAUUUUCAAAGUGUUCUAUAUACUUGCCAGUCAGAGUUUCAACAAGUGUAUAAUUGAAGCUCAGUUGUAAAAUGAUGUGAUGCAAAAAUGAUAAGUGUUUCAGAAGAUAUAUUUGUAUAUACAAUAAGUAUUUUACAAUAAUAUUUGUUUUAAUACGUUCCAAGACAGUGCAUUCUAAAAUUUCUAAAUGCAUAAAAUAAUCUCUUAGUAUGAGUGAAAAUGGUAACUACAUUAUUAACUCAUUCAGAUCAAACUAUGAGACCUGUAGUGGCUGUAUUUACUCUGAGAUAUAUUCAUCCACCAACCCGACUAUAGCUUACUUUAUUGGUAGAGUAAAUACAAUUCCAAACACAUCUUAUGCUUUACACAAUUCCUUGUUUAUUGAUACAUUAUCCCCACUGAAUUAGAAGAAUUUAAUGCAGUCGUAAAAAGAAUAAAAUUGGUUUGGUCUUUGCUAAUUGCACACAAAAGCUUCCACCCCUUCGUCAUUGUCAAAGUGGUGACCUCAUAAUGCUUCUUUUAAGUGGACCAAACAUGUGGAAGUUACAUGAUGAGAGAUCAGGUCUGUAAAGUGGACAUUCAAAUAUUUAUCCAUUAAUUUGGUGCAAUUUUAUUGUGCCAACAUGACUGUGUUUGAAUAAACGUUGACAUGCAGCAAAAUCAUACUUAGAAUAGGCUUAUCUCACCUAUGUUUCACAGCAUCAAGCAGUUGGCUACUGCCUAUUAUGUACUAUACACAGGAAGCAAUCUUACGCUGUUCAUGGAGCAAUAUGUGUCUGCUGUCCCAAGACAUUGUAGCAAGAACUUUCCCUGUAGAAAGAUAGGUUUUGUCUUCGAAGUAAAUGUACUUCCAUACAAACUCAAAAUGAACUUCUUGUUGAAUAUAGCAAUGUAAAAUAAUAAUAUUAUUAUGAAAAAAACGACAUAUUUUACUACUGAACAUUGCACAUAAUAUUUUAUUUAUUUUUAAGCUUGUGUUUGUGCUAUGCUGGCAACACGAAGUCAUAUAUUAUUUGCAACUUAUUGUUAUAGUGUAAUUAAUUAUUCCUAGUGUACCGUACUUGUACUGUUUCUCAAGUAGUCAUUUAUAUAUAAUGAUUCAUUAUAUUUUACUAAAUAUGUUUGUUGUAUUAAACAACUGAAUUGAUACUUCACUGAAUCUCAAAAAUGUUUUUGGCAUUGCAAUCACUUGAAACAAAUUGAAUAUAAUCACAUUGUAAUAAGAGGAUUAACAUUAAUUGAAAAAUGUAUAGUUGUUAAUCAUGUUUUAUAUUAUCAAAGUACUUUGUAUAGAAGAUGCAAAUUUUAAAAAGAUGUUACAAGUAUGAACUGUAAGAUUAAAAAUAGUUUUUAACCGCUUGAUUCAAUAUUAAUUUUUUAUUGAAAUAUAUUUUUUUUAUAAAUCAAUUUAAAUAUUUUGAAAAUGAUCUACAGUAUUUUGUUAGUGAAUAAUAAUCCUUCAAAGCUUUUAUGCAGUAUUAAGCAAAGUUAGUUUUUUUAGUCUUAAAGAGUCUCUUAAGCUAAUACAGUGAUGUAUUAAUGCAAAUAAACAUUACUUGUGUGCAACUUAAUCUAAGUCUAGUAUGUUAUGGAUGUAAAUAGUAAGAAAGUUAAGUACUUUAAUAAAAAAUGUUAAAGCCAG